AUGACGCCGGCUCCCACUUCCUCCACCUCCAACCAUCCCAGCGCAGCCGCGACCGCAACCGCAACCGCUGCCGACUCCACCAAUUCGCCCCAUCGCACUCCCUUUUACGCUAGAUUCGCAAGGCGUCCCAGGACCUCCAGCAGCGCCGUCAACCCUGCCUACGCAGCCAGCACCUCCAACCUCCUCUCGCCUCCCGCACGCGGAAACAGCUUCUCCGACCUGCUCAGAAGCUCCUCCUACUCCCAGGUCAACCUCCAUUCGCCUGCCAACAACUCCACCUCAUCCUCGCCGCACCGCGAAUCCCCUUCGCGUCCGCCCCGACAAGCCACCUCGACACACAUGGCAAGCACCAACUCCUCCCCCGCGCCGCCCGCAACCAGCGGCAGCGCCCUCGGUCGCAUGUUCCGCCGAUACUCCCAGGGCGGCGCUUCUCGCAACGACAACGCGCGUCCGUCCACACGCGAUCGAGACUCGUUCAACGUACAACGCAACACCAGCUCGCCCGCACUCGACAGAGACUCCACCGGCAGCCCCAUGCGCCCCCAGCCCCACCACAUGCCCCGCUCCGGCUCCUACGCCACCAACAUUCCGACACAACAAUCCUCCGAAAACCUCAUCACCAUGCCUGGCUCGCGCACCUUGACCGCCAUCCCCGCCGCAUCAGCUGCCCCGGCUAGCUCGCCCGUCGCCUCGCCCGCGCCCGCCGUUGCUGCAACCGCCGCACCAGCCCAACCCAAUCGCACCUCCCAAGACGCGAAUGUCGCCAGCCAAGCUGAUGCACCACCAGCUCCUGUCGAAGCCUCUUCUGCUGCUGCCGCCAACCCUGCCGCUGCCUCCUCGGCUGCCCCGGCAUCCGGCUCCGCCCGGCCCUUGAACGGCAUGCAUCGCAUCCGCCUCGUCCCUCACCUCGAGGCCACACGCUCGCUCCACUUUGAGCCCAUCGAACGCGACCUCAAGGAAGGCGCUGGCGUCGUCAAGGUCGGAAGAUUCACUGACCGCCAGCCUUCGCAACGCGACAACUCGGCCGCUGCUGCUGCUGCUGCCGCCGCCGCCGCCUCGGCCACAGUCGGCGCCAACGGCGACCUCACAAUCCCGGCAGGCACAGACUCGUCCCUCACCCCACAGCAGACUCGAGGACAGCCAGGCGCACGUGGAGGCGCCAUCCCCAUCAGCGGCACCAACGGCGGCGGCGGUCGCAUCGACUCGUCGCGCAUCGCCUUCAAGAGCAAGGUCGUCAGCCGAGGCCACGCAGAGUUCUGGUGCGAGCCCGGCGGAAAAUUCUUCAUCCGCGACACCAAGUCUUCCUCGGGCACCUUCCUCAACCACAUCCGUCUCUCGGCGCCCAACACCGAGUCCAGGCCGUUUGCCAUCAAGGACGGCGACAUCGUACAGCUCGGCGUCGACUACCAGGGCGGCACCGAGGAGAUCUACCGCUGCGUCAAGAUGCGCGUAGAGCUCAACCGCGGAUGGCAGCGCGAGGCAAACCAGUUCAACGUAAACGCCCUGCGCCAGCUGCGCGCGCUCCAGGGCUCGCCCCUCUCGCCGCCGACCGAAAAGGGUCAGCCGUCGUCGGCGUCGGCGCUGCUGCCCACCAACCGCCAGGGCGUCAGCGUGACCGACUGCUGCAUCUGCCUCUUCUCCGUCACCGUGUGCCAGGCGCUCUUCAUCGCUCCCUGCUCGCACGUCUUCCACUACAAGUGCAUCAGGCCCUUGCUCAACCUCCACCAUCCCGGCUUCUCCUGUCCGCUCUGCCGCACCUUUGCCGACCUGGAUGCCGACGUGGAGGAGGACGAGGCGUGGCAGGAGGCGCUCAUGCGGGAAGCAGCCGCUGCAGAGGCCAGACUCGCUCAGGGCAAGCUGCCAAUCGAGGUAGGCACGCCUGCAGUCGAGCUCGAUGCUCCCAUCACCGCCGCCGCGCUUCCUUCGCAUCCCGAAGCGCUUGGUGGCGACGCAGCCGUCACAGCCGGCGCUCCCCUCACCAACGCCACCGCCUCGAGGCUCACCGCCGUGGCGCUCGCCGAGGCGUCCAACUCGAAUCCGCCUCUGCCCAGGGCCACCGUGGCGCCAAGCAGGCGUAAGAACGACUGGGCUCGCCCGGACACUGCUGUCGGAUCAAGCGCCGGGCCGCUCGGAGGAGACGAGACUCUCGCCGUCGCCGAAUCGGCAGAUGCAGCGCGAAUGCCAGCCAGCGUCUCGCGCAUUUCGGCCGAGCUCGGCGAGAUGGCAGUGGCUGACCGGCUGUUGGACGAAAACACCUCGGUGCCCGCCGCAACGCUUCCGACUCUGUUGGGUGCCCAUGUUCCCCGCACCAGUUUGGGAGCCGGCGAUGGCGGCUCGCCCGCGCGCAGGACGUCGGGUCCCAUUGUCAUUGGGCAAUCGCACCAGCAGCGCGCUGCUUCUGGCGGCCUAGCGGGAGGACAGCCGGCUCUGGACAGCCUCGAAGAGGGCUGGCCCAACGUCGGUUCGCUCGGCGGCUUUUCGCCCGGUCUGGAGGAGUCGGGCACGCCGCUCAACCACACCUUUUUGAGUACGUUAGCAGAGGCGCCGCACGUCGCGCCGACCUCGUCUGCGCCGCGGGAUUUUCCGCCAGGCCGAUCGGCACCGGCCCCGAAACUAGUGCCGGCCGCCGCCUCGGUGGGGACGAGUCGAGUGCGCCCCGCUGAGCACGAGGCGAGGGAAGCUAGGGAAGCUCGGGAGGCGAGCGGUGGCGAGGCUGGCGCUCGCACCAAGCGCUCAAGCGACGGAGACGACGUCGACACGGCGGAAGAGGAAGCGGGCGGGAUGGGCAACGGUGCUUCGCCCGAACAUCUGGCCGGAGGCGAUGCACCCAAGGGCAAAACGAGGAUGGGCAACGACACGUCGCCGAGCCGCGGCGGCGCGUACGAUGCCAUGUUGUCUGGAGACGCCUUGGGCAAGCAUGCGGCGCACGAUGCGCUUGCCUCGAACUCGCCGCCGGCCAAGUCGGCGAGCGCGAGGCGACGCAGCCGCAGCCGCAGCCGCGCUGGACGCGAAGCGGGGCCGAGCGACUCGGACGAGCAGGAGGCCGCGCCGUUCCAGUCGUACGACCUGCCGCGCACGCCACGCACCGGUCCCAACCUCAAUGCGAGCGCGUACAUGUCGCAUCAGCUGCACCAUGGUCAUGGCCACGGCCAGCCUGCGGUGCAGGGCGCCAGGCAGCCGGGCGACCGCAGCCAGAAUGCCGACGGCGGCUCCGCACCCACGUCGCCCUCGACCGAAGGCAAGAUGGCGCGCUUCAAGAGGAGGAUCUCGCAUGCUAUCUAG